UAUGAUCUGGGUGCAACCAGCUAUAGCUCUAGAUGUUGACUAUGAUUUUACCCCUUAAGGAUCUGACCACAACUCAAGAGGGUCUGUGGAACUCACACAGCUCUUGGCCUGAGCCCCUGUUACUGAGAGAAAAGGGGCUUUUGCCAAAGACUCCAAGGGGAGUGGACGCGACUCUGGUCAGGACCCAAGGCACCCAGCCCUCCCUGAGACAUUGUGUGAGCCGGGCUGGGCCUCCAAACACAGCCCCUACUGCCCCACCCCAGCCAGGGUGGUGCUUGUGUGGGAAGACUUUAAAUCCAGCUGCCAGACCCCUGGCCGGGAGAAGCAGAAAGGGCUGGUCACCAUGCACAGUUCCUGCAGUUUCCUGCUGCUUCUGCUGCUGCCACUGCUACUGCUGGUGGCCACUACGGUCCCCGCUGGAGCUCUCAGAGAUGAUGAGAAACAUAUGAUGGUAGAGCUGCACAACCUCUACCGUUCCCAGGUGUCCCCGCCGGCCUCAGAUAUGCUGCAAAUGAGAUGGGACGAGGAACUGGCCGCCUUUGCCAAAGCUUACGCACAGCAGUGCAUAUGGGGCCACAACAAGGAACGCGGGCGGCGCGGCGAGAACCUGUUCGCCAUCACGGACGAGGGCAUGGACGUGCCUCUGGCCAUGGAGGAGUGGCACCAGGAGCGCGAGCACUACAACCUCAGCGCCGCCGCGUGCAACCGGGGCCAGAUGUGUGGCCACUACACGCAGGUGGUUUGGGCCAAGACAGAAAGGAUUGGCUGUGGUUCCCAUUUCUGUGAGAAGCUCCAGGGUGUUGAGGAGACCAACAUUCAAUUACUGGUGUGCAACUAUGAACCUCCGGGGAACGUGAAGGGGAAAAGGCCCUACCAGGAGGGGACUCCGUGCUCUCAAUGUCCCCCAGACUACCGCUGCGCAAAUUCCCUCUGCGAACCCAUCAGAAGCUCGGAAGAUGCUCAGGAUUUGCCUAACCUGGUAACCGAGGCACCAUCUUCCCUGGCAACUGUCUCUACAAAAAUGGGUACUCCUUCUUCCGUAGCAACAGAGAUUCCAUCCUUCUUGGUAACAGAGGUCUCAAGCUCCCUGGCAACCAAGGCUCUGCCUGCUGUAGAAACCCAGGCCCCAGCUUCCUUACAAACGAAACACCCCUCUUCCAUGGCAACAGAGGCUCCACUUGUAACAGAAGAAUCCCCUUCCAUUUUGGCAACUCACAGCCCACCUUCCUUGGAUAAGGAGCUGGUUACCUUUCCCAAAUCAACCCAUGUUCCUAUCCCCAAGUCAGCAGACAAAGUGACCAGCAAAACAAGGGCACCCUCCGUGAGCCCAGAGAAAUUUCUGCACCCCAAAAUGUUCCUAAUAGGGACAGGGAAGCCCUUACACCAUGCCCAGGAAAAGGCUAAGGCUGAGGCCAAGGCCAAGUUGCCUUCCUCCAGUGAGGUUUUGGCCUCAGUUUUUCCAGCCCAGGACAAGCCAGGUGAGCUGCAGGCCACACUGAACCACAUGGGGCACACCUCCUCCAAGUCCCUGUCCAAUUUCCCCAAUACCUCUGCCACUGCUAAUGCCAUUGGUGGGCGUACCUUGGCCCUGCAGUCAUCCUUGCCAGGUGCUGAGGACCCUGAGAAGCCUGGCAUUAAGUCCGGGCUGAACUCGGGCCCUGGUCAUGUGUGGGGCCCUCUCCUGGGACUACUGCUAUUGCCUCCCCUGAUUUUGGCUGGAAUCUUCUGAAGACAUGACUCAAAGGGUGAAGAGAUCAGCUGUCCUCCUGCCAUCUUCCCCACCCUAGCCCCAACCCCUCAAACAAGAUGCGUGUUGGCUUAAGGCCCUCUGCAAGGGAAAGGAUGCAGGGCAUGUGCUUCAACCACAGCAUCCUGGAGGCACAAGGCCUGGCUGGGGGCCAGCCGCCUGCCCGAUGACUGCACAUCUGAUUGCACACUGGGCCCAAAUCUCCUAUCCUUCCCAUCUGAGCCCUGGGGGUGGGACAUGGUGAUUCUGGGACAUUCACUGCCGGCCUGGCCUGGGUCUCUCCCUAAGUGCCUGUGUAGCUGGGAAGGAGGGUCGUUAGGAGUUGAUGAAGGACAAGGCCCACUCAAGUGGGGGGUCUCUGGGUAGGGGUUCAAGGAGGGAAGGGAAGCGACCCUUGAUUCUUGAAUAAAAGCUUGUCUGAGAGUA